AUGGGCUUCUCCGUCGAGGCGGAACACCCACCCGAGCCUCACGUCUCCCCUGACCAACCAACAGCCGCCAGCGCGGUCAAAGACGUCGCAUCGCCCGGCAUCGCACGCAUCGAGGCCAUCUCCUCUGUCCUGACCAACCUCGACCGAGCCUUCAUCUUCCUGGGCGUCUUCCUCGUCGCCUUUGUCUACGGCCUCGACGGCGCCGUUCGAUACGCCUACCAGCCAACCGCGACCGAUUCCUUCGGCCAUCAUUCCCUGUCGGCCACCGUAAAUGUCAUCCGCUCCGCCGUCGCGGUCGGUGCCCAGCCCGCCGCCGCCAAAAUCGCCGACGUCUUUGGCCGCGUCGAGCUUGUUUGCGUCGCCGUCUUUUUCUACGUGCUGGGCACCGUUGUCGAGGCCGUCGCCAAGGACGUCGGGGCUUUCUCCGGGGGUGCCGUCUUGUAUCAGACCGGCUACACCAUGCUGAUUCUGCUCAUCGAAGUCAUCGUUGCCGACAUCACCUCGACCAGGGCCCGCCUCUUCUUCAGCUACGUUCCAGCCUUGCCCUUCCUCGUCAACACCUGGAUCAGCGCCGACGUUGCCUCGGCCGUGCUGCAGGGCCCCGGCUGGGAAUGGGGGAUCGGCAUGUGGGCCAUCAUCAUGCCCGUGUGCGCCUUGCCCUUGGUCAUCUCCCUGUGGGCGGUGUCCCGACGUGCUAAGCGGCAGGGCCUUCUUGGCAACUACGCCUCUUCGUUCAGGCAGCUUGGCUUCCGGAGCUUGGCGUUGGAGUUGUUUUGGCUGCUGGACGUUGUCGGGGUCGUGCUCGUUGUCGCUGUUCUUGACCUGAUCCUUGUGCCGCUGACCAUUGCUGGAGGAGACAGCUCCAAGUGGUCCGAGGCGCACAUAAUCGCGCCGCUCGUGAUUGGCACCCUCUGCGUCCCUGCAUUUGUCCUCUGGGAACUCUGGGCGCCGCACCCGCUCGUUCCGUUUGGGGACAUGAAGGAUCGCUCGGUGUGGGCGGCCAUGGGCAUCGCGCUCUUCCUCAACUUUGCCUUUACCAUGCAGAGCGACUUCCUGUACACCGUCCUGCUGGUUGCUUUCGACUUUACGACCGAGAGUGCUCUUCGCAUCGUCCAGCUGUACAGCUUCACCAGCGUCAUCGUCGGCACCGUCAUAGGCCUGGCCGUUUACAGGAUCCGCCGACUCAAAGUCUUUGUCGUCGCUGGCACCGUGCUGUACAUGGCUGCGUUUGGGCUGCUAAUCCAUUACCGCGGUUCGGCGAACGGUGCUGCCCGGGCCGGCGUCAUUGGCGCCCAGGUUCUUCUCGGCAUUGCGGGCGGCAUGUUCCCGUACCCGACCCAAGCGUCCUUGCAGGUCUCUGCCCGGCACGAGAACAUGGCCGUCUUGACCGGCAUCUAUCUUGCGACCUACAAUGUCGGCUCUGCGCUUGGAAACUGCGUCUCUGGAGCCAUCUGGACCCAGGUCUUGCCGUCCAAGCUGAGCGAAAACCUGGAUCCCAUCAACUCCACGCUGGCUUCGGCGAUUUAUUCAUCGCCGCUCCUCAACUACGGAAACUAUGCUGUCGGCACACCAGAACGCACAGCCAUCAUUGCGUCGUACCAGUCGGUGCAAAAGCUGCUCACUAUUACGGGGCUAUGUCUCUGCAUCCCGCUCAUAUGUUUCGGACUAGCACUCCGCAAUCCCAAACUGAACGACAACCAGACUCUGGCAAAGGGUUCCGGGAGCCGACACUGA